UGUAGCUCACGAAAGCUUAUGCUCAAAUAAAUUGGUUAGUCUCUAAGGUGCCACAAGUACUCCUUUUCAUUUGGGGAUGAAUUUCCAUUGUCGUCAUACAAGAAACCUUGCCGAGAGCUCCACACAGAGCAAGUGCAGAAUAGGUAACAGAUAGCUGCAGAAAGAGUUGAAUUUGGCCUGUAAACUGUGCAGCAUUAUUUUACUGCAAUAUCAUUGGGUGGGUGUAAACCUUCUGAUUUUCACUUGAAAAAUGUUGGGGAGCAAAACUGAAGUCCUUUGCAAAUUAUGAAAAAACUCUUGUCUUGUAAAACCAUAUCCACUUUUGUAAAUGUGAAUUUCAGAAUGAAGGUGACAAUCACGUUGCAUGUUUGCGUUCCAGUAGGAGCUAGAGGCCCUAAUGAGGCCUGGGACACCAUUGUGCUAUGCACUGUGCAUACAUGUAAGGUCAGAUUGUGAUAUCCUGGUGCACAUUAAGUUACACAAGGAGUUGCAGUGAAAUCAAUGAGAUUACUGAUGGCAUAAGGCAGUAUUCAGCAUGAGAGGGAGAUUGCAAUCUGGCCCAUAGUAAGAGCCAUUCCCUGCCCAAAAGAGCUAAAUAGAUACAACAGACAGAAGAUAGGAGAAUGGGAAGAUUAUUAUUAUCCUCAUUUUACAGAUGGGAAAUUGAGGCACAGAAGUGCAGAUCCUCAAAGGUUUUUAGGCACCUAACUCCCAUUGAUUUCAAUGGGAGCUAGGGUCCUAAAUGCCUUUGAGGAUCUGAGCCAGAGAGAUUAAAUGGUGUCUGCAUAAUUCUCUUUUUUUUUUUUUUUUUUUGCAAUAAGCAAUUAUAUCAUUCUUGAUUAAAAUGGUGCAAAGAAAUGGUGCUUUGUCUCUUUAAGAUGAGAGGCACUACCAUUGUUAGUCAUAUAUAUUUACUGCACUCUAGGGUUGUAAAAACAUACAUUUUUGUUCUGAAAGUCAUUUAUUACAUCCAUAAACAUCACAUUGCAGUUGAUUGUUCCCUGGAUUAGAAUGUCCUGGUACUUAGUGAGUUUUGACAGGCGGAAGGAGUGAAAGUAGAACAUCUAGUUUUGUUACUGGGUUGGUUUUUAAAAGCAACUUGUCACUCUCUUGUAUGCUACAGCCAUUGAGACAGAUCUGAGAGGCAUUGAAUUCAGGGUACACAGGUUUCUGUGUUUAUUCUUACUGCUGGACUCGUAGCAUUCCAGGCAUUGUAUACGAGAAAGAGGAAUUGUUCCAGAGUAUACUGACACAGGUUGCUGAACAAUUCUCAAGGGUGUUUAAAAUCAAUGAACUGAAAACUGAAGUAGCAAAUCACUUGGCAAUGCUGGAGAAAAAGGUUGAACUGGAAGGACUGAAAGUAGUAGAGAUCGAGAAAUGCAAGAGUGACAUUAAAAAGAUGAGGGAGGAAAUGGCAGCAAGAAGCACCAGGACCAGCUGUCCCUGUAAGUACAGCUUCUUAGAUGAAAACAAGAAGUUGGCACCCCGAAGGGACGUACCAUCCUAUCCAAAGUACAUGCUGUCUCAAGAGACCAUAGAAGCACUUCGGAAACCAACGUUUGAUGUCUGGCUGUGGGAGCCCAAUGAGAUGCUGAGUUGUUUGGAACAUAUGUACCAUGAUCUCGGAUUGGUUAAAGGCUUUAAUAUCAACCCCAUCACGCUGAAGAGGUGGUUGCUGAGUAUUCAUGACAAUUACAGAAACAACCCAUUCCAUAAUUUCCGGCACUGCUUCUGUGUGACUCAGAUGAUGUACAGUAUGAUCUCACUCUGCAAUCUCCAGGAGAAAUUUCCCCAAAUUGAUAUCUUAAUUCUGAUGACUGCUGCAGUUUGCCAUGAUUUGGAUCAUCCAGGAUAUAACAACACCUACCAGAUUAAUGCCCGAACAGAGCUUGCCGUGCGCUACAAUGACAUCUCCCCACUGGAGAACCAUCACUGUGCUGUGGCUUUCCAGAUCAUUGCCCAGCCAGAAUGCAACAUUUUCUCCAAUGCUACCCAGGAACAAUUCAAACGUAUAAGACAGGGGAUAAUUACAUUAAUCCUGGCAACAGACAUGGCAAGACAUGCAGAAAUACUGGACUCUUUCAAAGAAAAAAUGGAUAAUUUUGAUUACUCAAAUGAGGAACAUGUCACCUGUUUGAAGAUGGUACUGAUAAAAUGUUGUGAUAUCUCAAAUGAAGUCCGCCCGAUGGAAGUAGCGGAACCAUGGGUAGACUGCUUAUUAGAGGAGUAUUUUAUGCAGAGUGACCGAGAAAAGUCUGAGGGACUUCCAGUGGCACCUUUCAUGGACCGAGAUAAAGUGACCAAACCAACAGCACAGAUCGGGUUCCUUAAGUUUGUCCUGAUCCCAAUGUUUGAAACAGUAACGAAGCUUUUUCCAGAAGUUGACGAAGUGAUGCUCCAACCUCUUUGGGAAUCCAGGGACCGCUACGAGGAAUUAAAACAACUAGAUGAUGCUAUGAAAGAGUUGCAAAAAAAGAAAAGUGCAAGUUUGACAACUGAGAGCACACAGAAGUGAAAAGAAAAACACUCUUAGCUACACAAAAGUCACAAGAACAGAAUUGUUGAGACCUUAAAGGUCUGUUGUGUUUGUUCACGGAGUGGACUGAUGCAGCUAAGUAUCAUGGAAUCCUUCAGCCCAGAGGAAAGAUGGUAGAAAGCUGCCGAGACCACGUCAAGAACAUAUUUUCUAAGAACUGUUGCUAUCUUCAUGGACACAAAAAAAGGAAACUUUGAUGUAUAGAAUUUUUUUAUUUUUCAACUGCUCUUCUAAAUAAUAUAUUCUUAUACAAAC